AUGUCUGCGGUGGUUGCAAGUUCCAAAAGUGCGUCUCGGAAAUUCGAUCCAGUAAUCGACGAGUUUCUGCCUUCGUUGACCCUCUCGGUGUCGUGGAAGAAGAACGACGCCGACCUCGGUAACACCAUCAAGCCGAAGCGUCUACAAAACCAGCCUACCAUCUCGUUAUAUGAUGAAGCAGACCCAGAGGGCAUAUCAUCCUCCAGCCUGAGCUAUGUUGUCACUCUCACCGACCCUGACGCGCCUUCCCGCGAUAACCCGGAAUGGUCAGAAAUGUGCCACUGGAUAGCGGCCAACGUCUCCGUCUCGCAGAAGACAGUCUCUAUCCUUCCUAUGCCUAUCUUCGGCAUGGACGAGGUUGAAGAGACGAGUGCUCCGGACGAUGUCAUCGAGUACAAGCCACCUGGUCCGCCCAAGAAGACAGGCAAGCACCGCUAUGUAUUCCUGGUGUUUGCGCCAAGCAAUGGGACUACGGAGCCGUUGCACUUGAGCAAGCCGAAAGACAGGCAGCACUGGGGGACAGGUGAUGAGGGAGGGGGUGUGAGGGACUGGGCUAGGGAGAAUGAGCUGGUGCCUGUAGCCGCGAACUUCAUAUAUUCGCAGCAUAAGAAACAGUGA